GAGACAGACCCACCUGUUGUUGGCCUGUUGUUCCUGGUGUGUGUGUGUGUGUGUGUGUGGUUUUUGUUUUAACGGACAGUCGGGCAAGGCUCGCGUCACUGUUGUACGUUGGAGUGAGAGAACGAGGAACAUGCGCGUUGUGGUGAAUGAGGGUGUUGUUGUUGGAGUGAGAGAACGAGGAACAUGCGCGUUGUGGUGAAUGAGGGAGUGCUUGUGACAUCUCGAUAGACUAGCGGGUGAGUUGAUGAAGUCAGGACGGUUCCGCUUUUGUGAGAGGCAGGUGUGGGCCGGUGGUGAAGGGUUGUCUGUGGUUGUGUGGCUCGUUGGCUAAAGGGUUGUUGUUCUGUUCAUCUAGCGUGUUGGACUGUUGCACCAGAGAGUGGUUGUGCUGUAGACCUAGACCUAGACUAGCUGUUGUGUUUAUGCCAGUCAGUGUGGCCAGUGUUGUGUAGUGUACUGUUGGUCUAGAUCUCGCUGUCGUGUUGUGCCACGGGGCGAUGAGCGGAGGCAAGGCGCGAGGUCAUAUGUCCCACACCUGGAAACUACGCGCCUCUUCUCGUGAAUGUGUGUAAAUCUACACGAGAGAGUGUGUGUGUGUGUGCGCGUGUGUGCGUGUGUUUGUGCGUGUCGCGCUGGUAGAGGUGUGGGUGUGGGGGCCAGGCAAAGGGCCCAUACGUUCUUGCACUGAGCGUCAAGCUAAGGGCCCUUCCUACCGGCCAUAGACUCACAUAGCUAUCUCUGCCACAGGCCGGCGUGUGUGGGGCCAUACCUUCUCUACCUUUCUCUGAACGCCGAGGUGUGGGGGGAUGAGGGGCAGCUCUCGCCACCAGCGCCUGUGUCAGCUCCGCGCGGGCUUUGUGGAAGAGUGGGCCCACAGGUACAGCACCGACCCCCGACCCCCCCGACCCCCCCUCCCCGCGGUGGUGAGAGAUCUAGCAGACCUGAGAGAGGCGGAUGUCCGUGGUGGGUCGGCGACUGUAUUGGGCCGUGUCGGGGACGCCCUGAGUGCUGUGUCCUGCGACAUCUCGCGACUUCGGGAAGAGUUGGAUCGUAAACUUUUUCUUCAAAACUUUCUCCGAGCUGUGAUUUCUAUUCUGGAUUCUAGUGACAAAUCUGUGGCUUGUGGCGAGGGGAAGUUUACACACGUCGGCGACCUGCGGGUGGGGAGGAGGAGAGAUAACGAGGAUAACGAGGAUACGGAGGAUAACGAGGAUAAGGAGGGGACAGGUAAGGUGGAUCGUGAUGACUUCCCUCAGUUAGCUUCUGCUUCUCCUGCCUCAGAAACGUUCCGUGUUGGUAGACCGGUGGGGCCAAAGUCAACAGACGGCCAAGGAGGAGAUCGUGAGGAGAUCUGUCCACGGGACCGGACACUGGUCAGUGACGUCAGUCGGCCAUCUCGUCCUCUCGGUCCUCAGCCCCGGACUCACGACAAGUCUGUGUGUGGCUUGCAUGUGAGGGAAAGGUCAGUGAACGCUUCAGCUUCCCUGGCCUCGCUUCCGGUUCCAAAGGGGCAACCCUUCUCGUCUGCUCGUCCCUUCCCUCCCGGGGUAGAAGAGGGAGAGGUAGAGGAAGGAGAGGGAGAGGUGGAGGAGGGAGAGGAAGGAGAGGAAGGAAACAUAUAUGACAAUGUUCUAGCGCUCCACCCAACCACAUACAGAGAGGGUCUGGUUGAGGAGGGAAGGAAAGAAGAAAACAAAGACACAAUGUUUCGGCGCAGUAAAGGCAGCGGGAAACAGGCCGACGAUGGCUCAGAUUCGCCCCCGCACUCUCUGGCCUCCAAGGAUAACUUUCUAGCCGUGACGUCACGCCGAGUGGUGCUCCCCGUGGGGGCAGGGAGACAGUCCGACCCCGACAGUCCACUUCUCAACCGUCACUUCCAGAUGUUAAAGAUGACCAGUGGCUUUGACCUCGUCAUGGGUGAGAAGGGCGAGUCAACUGACAAACUCUCCCUCUCAGAACAUUCAGCCACAGCCUCAGCACACGCCAAUCCCAGCACGGCGAUUGAGGCCAAAGGUCACAGUUCACAAGCGGCUGGAGAUAAAAAUAGCAACUCGGCGUCACACACGUUUGUUGCUAAAAAUAGCGUGGGCGGCGUCCCCAAUAGCAAAGGUAAACAAGGUGACGUCAUGACGGGCGAGUCAUCGCCUCACGCUCUAUGGACCAGUGGCGGGGAGCGGUGGGGGGGACGGGGGGGACAGG